CACAAAGAAAUUUUAGCCCCUCGAAAAUUCAACAGCUCCCCAAUUACCAUGGCAAGCUUCGCACAAGUACUGGCCAUCGCGCUCGCCCUCUGCGGUGCUGCAGUCACCAUCGAUGCUGCCUGUACAGCAGCAAGCCCCUACGUCGGGUUUACUGGACCUCUCACCACCGUUGACCACAUGAUUGGAGGUACCAUCACCAUCCUGGACGACUGCAGCUUCAAGGUGACCAACUUCUCGUAUGAUGGACUUGCCCCGGCCGUCCACUGGUGGGGCGCGAAGAGCCUCGGUGUCAAGGACCUCAAGGCUGGCCAGGAGCUCAACCCCAUGACAGUCACCGGUCCAGUCAACGGUCUUGAGAUGACUGUUCCCCUGCUGACUCAAGGCGCCACAUGGGACAACGUCACCUACAUUGUUGCAUGGUGCGAGACUGCCCAGGCGGACUUUGGCCACGUCAAGCUCAUGCCCGCUGCCAUGGCCAUGGCCCCGUCAAUGAGCGCCGCCGGCCGCAAGAUGCUGGAGAACUGAAUUUGAAUUCAAUGUUGAAGCGCCGAUCUGGUGGGGAGCGCUGUGGCCGGCAUCAAAGAUGAUGGAAUUAGCAUUAGGAAAAAUUUGAAGUCUUCCUGGUGGGAGGGGAAUGGAGUGCUGUGUCUGGGGCAAUAACAUGUGAACCAUAUUCCCCUGGACAUGACGGGUGCUCUUUUGCAAGAAUUUGUUACGGAUCUCUGAUUGGCGGUAUUCUUUGCUGCAAUGCCCAGACUGUGUUGGGGUGCCUUCCUGGUCUUAGACGCAGAUGAUCGCGCCUGCAGCCAUGCAAAAGCGCCAAAAGUUUCUUGACAUGUGGAUGGAUGACCAUAUGAUAUCGCAUAGCAUAGCACUGUAUUUGCUUUGGGCAGUGUCAUGAGCAAAACACUUGCUUAUAUGCUUUCGCUGAGUGGUGCAUGUGAUAGAGACCCCUGAUGUCUUUGCUGUGGCCAUAUACAUAUCACUCUUUGCCUUGGUGCUGUGCAUGCUCUGCUGGUUAUUUCUGAGGUUAGAAAGGCGUCAUAUUCCUGCUCGGUGUAGUAUUGUGGUUUCACUACUUUGCAUUCUAGCUAGAUUGCCUUGCUGGACAUUUCUUUGUAACCCUGAAGUGAACCGCUUCUUCCCCUGGAUUCCACAGUUCUCCCAAUUGGCAAGAACCUAGAGGAGAAGCGUCCGUGUAAUAAAUAUAAGGA